AAUAUUUGGCGUCAGUGCUCUCUGGCCCUGCCCUCAGACGUGUGUGAUGUAGUCUCCCAGUUUUGCACUAUAGUCACUGUUUAUAUUUUUGUCGAAGACGGGACAUUACACACGACGUGACAUUUUGGCUUACAGCAACACACACGCAGGAACAUUUCUCACACCGGUUUUACGCACUGGACUCUCUUGCAGGUCUGAAGAGAUGUCGUCCGUGUGGCAGCAGGAGCCGUCAGGUUACUCCCCCUGUGUAGAGAUCGACUCCAGCUCUGUGAGGUGCAAAGACAGGCUCACGUCCCCGUCCUGGCUGAAGCAAGAACAAGACGACCUCCGCAUCAUCAAGUGGGAGAGCUUCCAAACAGGAGCCUCAGCUGAUGCUGUUCAGGACAACACACCCAGCAGCGCCAUGUCUGCUGCCUCACAUAUAGAAGGCCUGCCACCAAGGGUGCUGCUGACCAUCACCAAGCUCCAGUGCAUGCUGGAGAGCAAACAGGAGCGCAUCGCUGCUCUGGAGAGACAAGUGGAGGACCUGAUGCAGGACCGCAAGUUCCUGAGAAGCCAGAUUGAAAACCUCACAAGUAACCGCUCUGUACCAACUUUUGCAUCACCCAGUCUACUGGCUGAAGCUCCAAAGCCCAGCAAAGUGCAGCACUCAGAAAACAAAUCUCGGAAGAGAGAAAGGGCUUCUUGUAGUUCCUCUGACAGCAGUGACAGCGGCUCUGAAGCAUCAGACUCAUCUGAAGUUUCGGCAGCCUCGAGUGAACACAGAAGGAAGAAACACCAUAAGGAUAAGAAAAGAUCGAAGAAAGGGAAGGACUACAGCAGGAAGAGAGCCACCGGUGUCCAGUAUGUCAUCCACCGCUAUAAACAAGUCCUGUCAGCCUUCAUCAAGAAGAAAAGCAUGAGUGAAGCCUUCCGCCAUCUUGGAAUUGACCGCAACACCAUUGCCAACACAGCAUCUAUUGCCGAGCUUCAUCUGGCCGGCAAAGACAUGGUCCCCUUGGUGGGCAUGUUUCGCCAAGGAGAAGAGACUCUGGUCAGCUACGCCCAAAGGUGCACCUUGGUCAUUGAUAGUGACACUGAACUGUCCAGGAAAAUAGACCAGAUGAAAGCCAAUGGUGAGCUGCUGCCCAUCUCAGGGAAAAGGCCGAGGGGGUUGCAUUCUAAUCUGCAGCCGCUAGUGGGUGCAACAGAGAGCAUUUUAAUAGGUUGAUGAUUAUUCCAUUGCAUAGACAGCUGAUAUGUAAUGCCUUCACAAAAUAAUGUUCUUCUGGUUGUUUAUCUCCCAAUCUGAAUUGCUGGAUUUAAAUGCUUUAUGUAGGUUUUUUUUUUUGUUUUUUUUUUUUUUUGUUUUGUUUUGUUUUGCGAUUGAUUGAUUUAUGUCCCAAGGAGAACAACAAUUAUUUUCAGUAUCCACAUACACAUGUAUAGGAUGUACAUUUUGUACUUGAUAGCCAUAAAAAAAUAUUCACAGCUGCUUUCACUAUUGGAAAAUAAAGAUUUUUUAAAAAUUAUUAUUUAGGAGCAGAGGUGGGGUUGAAGUGUUAGAAGUACCCACAAGAUGGCAGUGCUCACAUAUAAAAUUAUGUUUAUAAAUCACUCCUGUUAUCAUUUACUCCAAAAUGGUGGAUAGUAAAUUUCCAUUUUCCAGCACCUAGAUUUGUUGGAAGUGUAACUUCAUGUUCAUGGACUUUGUGAAGAUAAUUUUGUUGACAUUAUCCAGUAAUUCAUUAUGCUGUAAUGGAACUGAGUGAUUUUAAAACUGCAUUUGAUGCAAAGUGUGUUGAUGUUUCUCAAAUGCAAACAACUGCAAAUGAAAACACCAUCUGUUCACACACA